AUGGUUCUCCCCACUCAUCGCCCCACCCAGACUGCAAUGGCGGAGGCGGAUGCAGCCGUCGAACUUUGGGGAUUGCCCCCCGAAGUGUCGGAUGAGUUGCUCACUCUCUACUUCGAGAAUCGGCGCUCCGGCGGGGGGCCUGUGUUGAGCUGGAAGAGACUUGGCUGCGGGGGCAUCCUAACCUUUCGGGAGCCUGCAGACGCCGCGAGGGUCCUGGCUCAGGGGGAACACAUGCUGUUGCAGGCACGGCUGAGCCUGCGGCCGGCUCCGCCCUGGGCCCCCGCGCGCCUGCUACUGCUAGGGCUGCGUCCGGGCAUCACGGCCCAGCGCCUGGAACAGCACGUGCAGACCCUACUGAGUGCCGCCGGACUCCCCCAACAGGUCUGCCGGGCCCUAGACAGCCCCCGGCCAGACCGCGCGCUGGUCCAGCUGCAGGAGCCGCUAUCCGAGGCAGAGUUCGGUGUCCUGGAAGAGAAGGCUCUGGCGCUCGACCUGGACGGCGAUGCGAUGUCCCUGGUCCGGGUGCCCCAGGCCAGAGCAGUGCGGGUGAUGAGGGGUACGUCACCCCCAGAUCCAUUUCUGCUGGAGUUGUACCUGGAGAAUCAACCCCGCAGUGGUGGUGGGCCUCUGGAGGGAUUGCGCACCUUGCCGGGAGACUUGGGCAUGGUAGUCUCCUUCCGCCAGUGGCAGGUGGCCGAGCGGGUGCUUCAGCGAGACCACUGGCUGCAAGACUCCGAGCUGUACCUUGUCCCGCACUACGAUGUCUUGGAGCCCCAGGAGCUUGCUGUGGACCCCUAUGAAGGGGAUCAUGUGGCUGGGCUGUGGCAGGCUCGGGAUCAUAAUAUCCUGGAAGCUAAAGGGCCGUCGAAGACUCUGGAAGGCAGAGGGCCUGUGAUAGAAACUGUGGAGGCUUGGGGACCACCAGGAAUCACUCUGAACCCAGGACCUGAGGGGCCUCUGGGGCAGGAGGGGCCUGUAAGCCAGGGUUCCCUGAGGUCCCUGGAGCAGGGUGACUUGGUGGAGAUAGUUCGGGAAGAGAUGGAGCCACCGGUGGAGAUGGUGCAGACGGAGGUGGUUCGGGGACAGAUGGAGCAGCGGGACAGGGAGCCAGUGGAGAUGGUCCUGUCCAUGGAUCCAGGGGCGCUGCGCUUUCUGCAACUCUACCACGAAGACCUCCUCGCCAACCUGGGAGAUGUCGCCCUCUUCCCCCUUGAAGGGUCGGAUGUGGCUGGCUUUCGGAUCUGUGGUGCCCUUGCCCCAUGCCAGGCAGCUGAAGAGUUUUUGAGGAGCCUGCUGGGCAGCCUCAGCUGUCACAUGCUGACCCUGAAGUACCCGGGCAGUGCCAGCUUCUUGCUGGGUCCAGAGGGACAGCAACUCCUCCGGGACCUGGAGGCUCAGUUCCAGUGUGUCUUUGGGACAGAGCAGUUGACCAGGGUCACUGUGGACACAGGUUACGAAGAGGUGGAUCCCACUGAGGCCCUCCAGGCCCACACUCCAGUUUUUCCAGAGGGUUCCAGCAAUGACCAGGAGACUGUGGGCCUGGAGGAAGUCCAAGAGCUGAUGGCCACCCUGGAGGGCCUGGACGGAGAGGAGUGGCUGCCUCUGGAGCAGGGGGAGGGGAAGACUGAGGAGACUCGUCCCAUAGAGGAGGAGGCGGAGGCAUCGAGUGUGGGGUGCUCUGAAUUGGAGGCUAUGCCCCCCAGCCCUGGGGCUCCAGAGCCGCUGCAGGAGGCAGCCUCAUUGCAGUUGGCCCUCCACCGGUCACUGGAGCCCGGAGGAGGGGUAGCUGAGCAGGAGGAGGCGGCCGCACUGCAGAGAGCUGUGGCCCUGUCUCUGCUGGAGCAGCCCCCAUCAGGAGUUGAGGUGGGACCAGCCCAGCUGCUGGUGCACUCGUCCUUUGAGCAGGACCUGGAGGAGCUGGAGCGGGCGCUGGAGGCUGCCCUGGAGGCCCACCUCUGCCAAGAGAAGGUGUACACCCGGGGCCAAGUGCUGCCCGAAGAGCUGCGUGCCCAGCUGGAACGGUACCAUGGUGUGAUGAUCAGCCUCUGUGAGGACAGUGCUGUCUUCCACGGCUUCAGUUCCCAGCCAGCCCGUGCAAUCCGCCACUUCAAAGCACUGCUAGCUGGCCCCCGGGAUCAGAGCCACGCCUUUCCCCUGGGAGCCUCGGGCCUCCCCCCGCCUCAGCCAAGGCUGAAAGGUUCCUCCAUCGGGCUGGAGCAGCUGGCUGAGAGCUCCCCGGAGUUCCAGGAGGUGGUACAGGCCUUCUAUGACACCCUGGAUGCGGCCCACAGCUCCAUCCGCAUAGUCUCUGUGGAGCACGUGUCGCACCCGCUUCUUCAGCAGCAGUAUGCGCUACAACGCCAGCUGCUGGAGCAGCGCUGUGAGAGGAGGCAGGCUGAGCAAGUCCUGUACCAUGGUACAUCCGCGUCGGCCGUGCAAGACAUCUGCGCACAUGGCUUCAACCGCAGCUACUGUGGCCGCAACGGCACACUCUACGGAAAGGGCGUGUACUUUGCCAAGCGCGCCUCCUUGUCGGUGCAGGAUCGCUACUCACCGCCCAAUGCCGACGGCCACAAGGCAGUAUUCGUGGCGCGAGUGCUGACUGGCGACUAUGGACAGGGCCACCAGGGACUGCGGGCACCCCCGCCCAGGGCCGCGGGCCACGACCUCCUGCGCUACGACAGCGCCGUGGACAGCUUAGAUCAGCCCAACAUCUUCGUCAUUUUUCACGAUACCCAGGCACUGCCCACCCACCUCAUCACCUGCGAGCACAUACCCGGGGCUUCCCCUGGAGAGUCCCUCGGGCGGUCGGGCCAUUCCCUGAUGAUCUCCUGA